UUGGUUGUGGUGCUGUUUUAAUACAAGAGGUUAGAAAUGUUGUUUUUGUAAAUAGAAAAAUAUAGUUUUUGAUUUUUUGAAAAGUAAAUGCCUGUUAUAUUCUCAUCCUCACAGUCGAGAAUAAGUUUUGAAUCAAGCAGGAAUAUCUGGAGAAGUAGAAUCAUCUGAACUGAGAUCUGCUGCUGUGAAGAUGCUGUUUGUUAAAGAGGAGAGUGAAGAGAACACUAGUGAACCAGAAACACUGAGAAUAAAACACGAGGAACCAGAAACCUGGAGAAUAAAACAAGAGGAGCCAAAAACCAGGGGAAUAAAACAAGAGGAACCAGAAACCUGGAGAAUAAAACAAGAGGAGCCAGAAACCAGGGGAAUAAAACAAGAGCAACCAGAAACCAGGGGAAUAAAACAAGAGGAACCAGAAACCAGGGGAAUAAAACAAGAGGAACCAGAAACCUGGAGAAUAAAACACGGGGAGCCAGAAUCCUUGGGAAUAAAACCGGAGGAACAAAGAGAGUUUCUUGAAGAAAGUGAGGAGCAUGAAGAAUUGAAUGAAGAUGAGGAGAAAGAUCAUUUCAAAACUGGAGAAAAACCUUCGAGUUGCUCUCAAACCAAACAGAAAAAUUUAAAGAAAAGAAGAGCCACCUGUAAUCAGUGUGGAAAGAGUUUCACAAAAAAAAAUAGUCUUAAUGUUCACAUGAGAAUUCACACUGGAGAGAAACCUUACAAGUGUUCACACUGUGACAAGAGAUUCAGUGCUUCAUCAAGACUGAAAACACAUGAGAGGAUUCACACUGGAGAGAAACCGUAUACUUGUGAUCAGUGCGGGAAGAGUUUUGCACGAAGAGGAAUCCUUAUAAGACAUAUGAGAAUUCAUACAGGAGAGAAACUGUACACAUGUAAUCAAUGUGGAAAUAGUUUGAAAUCUAAAUAUAGUCUUGAUCGUCACAUGAGAGUUCAUACUGGUGAGAAACUGUACACUUGUGAUCAAUGCGGGAAGAGUUUUGCACGGAGAGGAAUCCUUAUAAGACAUAUGAGACUUCAUACAGAAAAGAAACUGUACACAUGUAAUCAAUGUGGAAAGAGUUUAAUUAGCAAAUGUAGUCUUGAGAUUCACGUGAGAGUUCAUACUGAUGAGAAACUGUACACUUGUGAUCAGUGCGGGAAGAGUUUCUCACACUCAGCAAACCUUAAGAGACACAUGAACACCCACACUGGAGAGAAGCAGCACUCAUGUGAUCAAUGCAGCAAGAGAUUUUUAAGAGCUUCAGACCUGAAGCAGCACCUGAAGGUUCAUACAAAGGAGAAGCCACAUUCAUGUAGUUUGUGUGGAAAGAGUUUUUCACGUUUUUCAACUUUGAAAGAACAUCAGAAAAUACAUAGUGCUGUGAGAGAGUACAUGUGCUUUGAGUGUAAAAAGACUUUUACUAGAGAAAAGUGUUUAAAACUGCACAAGAGGAUCCACACUGGAGAGAAACCCUACAAGUGUUCACACUGUGACAAGAGAUUCAGUCAUUCAUCAAAUCUGAAAAGACAUGAGAGGAACCACACCGGAGAGAAACCGUAUCACUGCACUGAAUGUGGGAAGUGUUUCAAAUGUUCAACUGCUCUACACAGACAUACAAAAAACAAUCAUAAGUUGACUGAAGAAAACGAGGUGAUUAAAGAAUCAAGUGAAGUUAAGGAGAAAAAUCACGUUAAAACUGGAGAAAAACUUUAGAAUUCCUCUCAAACCAAACAGAAAUAUUUAUUCUGCAUUUCACCGUGAAAAGAGUUUGAAAAGCAAUACAAGUCUUGAGCAUCACAUGAGAGUUCAGACUGUAGAGAAAUCAUUCACAUGUAAUCAAUAUCAGAAGAGUAAAGGAACGCAUGGACAUCCACACUGGAGAGAAACUGUGCUCGUGAUCAAUGCAGAAAAACAUUUUUUGAGCGCUUCAGAUCUGAAGCAGGACCUGAAAGUACAUACAAAAGAGAAACCACAUUUAUGUAAUUUACAUUUACGUUUAAUCAUUUAGAACAAUAGAAACAAUUAUUUGUAUGGCAAGUUUUUUUUCUGUGUCUACAAAAUUUGAAAGUACAUCAGAAAAUACAUACUGGUGUGAAAGAGUACAUGUGAUUUUGAGUGUGAAAAAAAAAGACUUCAGUGAUUUGUUUAAAACUUCACCAGAGGAUUCACACUGGAGAGAAACUUCGUAAGUGUCCACAAUGCAACAAGAGAUUCAGUGUGUCAUCACAUCUGAAAACACACAUGAGAGGAUUCACACUGGAGCGAAACCGUAUCACUGCACUGAAUCUGGGAAGUGUUUCAAUCAAUCAUCUGCUCUACACAGACAUAGCCUACAAAAAAACAAUUAAAUAAGGCCCCGUACACGCAUUUAGCUGUAUUCAUCCAGACAGAUCAAGCAUUUUGGGAGCCUGAAACCGGAUUUUAUUCAUCUUCAAAAUCAGCAGAUUCACCUGAUAUUCAGAUCAACUAAAAGAUGCAGUUCCUCCCGAAAGAAUGUCAAAAAGUUUUUUUCUUGUAUAUCAGUUUGUUUCAUGAUUUGAAUAAUAUCAUUGUCCUUUCUUAUGAGUUUCAUUUAAUUCAUGUUCAGUUGUCUUAUAACGCAUAUCACCUGUAGUUUGCUUAAGUUUUCAUGAAGGAAAGUAGCUUUUUACAAACUGUUCUUGUUCAGGAAGCUGUAGAGGAGACUAACACUUUAAGAGACAUAUAUAUAUUUUUAAUUGGUUAUUCAUUGUUACUUUUAAAACAAGUAAUUCUUCUAUGAUAUGUUCAGAAAACACAGAUGCAAGAUAUACUGUCAUGUAGAUUUGUAAUUGACAUUUAAUUGCUUCUCUUUCUGUAGGAAUUAAUGUCUGAACUCCGUAAUUAGCCCUGAGGCAAAAUUAUGAAAGACCAUCAUAUCAAUAAACUCUAAUGUUAACUGUUCUGCUUUCGGUGCUAGAACAAUUAAGGAAAUACACUAACAAUUUAUUAUUGGUAUAUAAAUAUUGUCAAGCUAACUGUAUCUUGCCAACUGUUGCUACAUGUGAUAAUAUCCAGAUAUCCGUCUGAGAUGCGUUACAAUUUUUUUUGCAAUCCAGCAGCAGGAUCUGUUGUACUGAAGGCGUGCAGCGGAGGGUGGUUGCCUCCACAAAGUGCAUUCAAAAUUGUUUAAUGCACAGCUAGUCACUAAUUAUCCUGCUUAUGCCAUGGUCAUUUGGCAGCAUGCACAUAAUAGAUGUUAAUAAUAAUUGUGCCGCAAUAUUUGACUGGAAUGAUAAAAGUUUGUUUACUUUUGUCAUUCACAACUUGUUAGAUGUUAGAUUAUGGUUUCCAAUGUUUAUAGGAAGCACAUUAAUGUAGAACAUGAUAAACUGACCUGGAACUACCUGUGCAGUUAAACGAAUUUAAUCAACACCUGCCAGCCAAUCAGAAUCGAGUAUUCAGACAGACCAUGGCACAAGAAAACAAGUUGUUUGAUAUAUUAGAGACAAUUUCCAAAUACAAAUGUUCCAAAUAAAUGAUACACCAUACUGCUGCUGCUGUUCUUUCAGUGAGUGAAUUUAAAGGGUAUGCAAUUUAGUAAUAUGCCAAACGAACAAACAAUAAACCUUUGUUAUUAUCUGAAGUAAUUCAUGACACAAUAUUGAAUAUAAAAGUAUCCAGUUUAAUAAAAUAAAUGAACACUAAUAAAACAAAGUAACAAACUGAUUCCAUUUUUUCCCACAUCAAUCUAAAUGUUUCAAACUAUGAGCCAUUCACACUUAAAGGACUAAUUAUGGGAAUGGAUUGGUUCUUUUGUAGUGCAAACAUGACUUGACUCUGAACUUCUGUUAAUCAAUAUUCUAUUGUCUAUACAAUUCUGACCAUUGGUGGCUGUCUCCACACUUCAUCCUUUCAUUGUUGUUGUGUUCAGGGGAUACGAUCGAGCAGCCACCCACUAACCCAACAGCUGGGUUACACCAAAACUACCCAACAUGCAUAACUCAGAAUUUGAGUAAAAAAUAAUUAGAUUGUUUUUAGAUUGUUUAGAUUAGAUUGUAUAUUUAGAUUCACAUAGACAAAUGCUGUUGUAGUAGUUGAUGAAGAUGAGUAGUGUUUGUUUUUCUUUUGCUGUUGUUUUGUCCAUGCAAUGCAUAUUGUGAGAAAAUAUGACAAUAUUUAUUGCUUUUGAAAAUUGAAAAUGUAAUGCUCUUUUUACAUCUUGGCCAGGGGAUUAUAGAAGAAAAAAUACCCUUUUGGCUAAUUCUGGCUUUUUAAACCAUUUUUAUUCAUGUGUUUUAUGAAAUUACACUGUCCCCUUUUAAAUAAACCAUCAAAUCAGUAUAACAGCAUUGCAGUUUAAUUGGCUUUUAGCAUACAUCCUGACUCAUAUAAUCAGUUUCUAACAGCAAACACUAUAAAGAGA